AUGGCAACCGCCUGCGAUUACAUUGUAGAAUAUCAACGAGGAUUCAAAUUCUUUGGAAUUCCUCUUUAUUCACAACGUUCUCUCAUCCCGUUUGCUGAUCCUUCAGAGUUUGAAACUCUUGGCGGUCGCAAACUUUUACUAAGUUAUGGUAGCAUACAAAACUAUCCACUUCCUGACCUAGAUUGGAAUUGGGACUGGGAACGUUGGUAUGUUUUAAUGACCGACUCGGUGGACGACCAGGGCUGGAUGUACGCUGGGUGGUCAGGAUGGUCGUCAAAGUACCGAUUGGGAACGGGAAUUCGUCGCCGAAUAUGGGUGCGUCGCCGCCGGCGGGGUUCAGCUGCCGACAGCACAUCCACUGCGUCGCUUUUGGCUGAUGCCGGCCAGACAAACAAGUGA